AUGACGGCUCAACAAGCUGCAAAAGAAGAAAUGAUUGCAAAACUGAAAGAAUAUUAUCAUGAUAAUAAGCCACAACUUAAACAAGUUGAGGAAUUCGAUCAGGCCUAUAGCUCUGAGGAUGUGAUUCGAUGGUACGUUCGUCCAUUUAUUUUCCGCCCGAUUACUCAAGCUUUAUGUACGGAAAACGCUGGACAGAUACACGCGUACAGAUUUCUCAUUAACGAUCUUCGCCUUAUGAUUUUACAAGAAUAUGAACAAAUCAAAGGCUCGGUUGAGCAUCUAACCGUUUAUCGUGGUGGACAAUUCUCAAAUGAUGAAUUCGAACAAAUGAAGAAGAAUAUUGGUAAUACGCUAACAAAAAAUGAAUUUUUGUCGACAACUCGUACUAGAGAAAUCGCCCUUAUGUUUGCUAAUUCGUACGAUCCCACAUCAGACAGAAAAAGUGUUUUAUUUGAGAUUACGUUUGGUGCCAAUUCAUCAGCAGUUUUUGCUGACAUAUCUCGAAGGGGCGAUUACCCAGAUGAAAGCGAAAUAUUAUUCGAUUUGGGCACCACAUUUGAAAUUCAAUCCAUUGAUCUAGAAGAGGCAUCCAAUUUGUGGAUUAUUAAAUUAAAAGCAAAUUAG